UAAAAUGGCCUCAUUUCCGCCGAAACCACCGCGUUGCCGUCGCUCUGCGCGGCUUAUGAAGAAAUUAAAAUAUAUUUUUGUAUUUAGAUAGUGAAUAGUGAAAUUAAUAAUUUUACACCUUCUAUUAGGUAUUUUUUUGAAUUAUAAUGGGUAAACCUGAGUUUAACGGUCCACGUGGAGGCGGCGGAGGUCGAGGGGGCUUCCGUGGCGGACGCGGCGGGGGUGGGGGCGGUGGCGGUCGGGGGGGAGGAGGCCGCGGGGGCUUCGGGGGCGGCCGGGGGGGAGCCGGCGGCGGGAAGUUCGAGAAGCGGGGCGGUGGCGGCGGACGAGGAUUUGGAGGCCGAGGUGGAGGUGGUCGGGGCCGUGGAGGACCACCAAAGAGAGGAGGCUUCAAGGGCGGGAAGCAGGUCAUCAUUGAACCACACAGGCAUGCCGGAGUGUUCAUCGCAAGAGGGAAAGAGGACGCGUUGGUUACAAAGAACCUGGUACCAGGAUCAGAGGUGUACGGAGAGAAACGGAUAUCAGUUGAGAAUGAAGGCGAGAAGAUUGAAUACAGAGUGUGGAAUCCGUUCAGAUCAAAGUUGGCUGCAGCUAUUAUGGGCGGCGUGGAUGCUAUUCACAUGCCGCCAGGGUCGAGGGUUCUGUACCUCGGAGCUGCUAGUGGUACAACCGUAAGCCACGUGUCAGAUAUCGUUGGACCUGAGGGUCUAGUAUAUGCUGUAGAAUUCUCACACAGAUCUGGAAGAGAUCUUCUUAAUGUAGCAAAGAAGAGAACGAAUAUCAUACCCAUAAUAGAAGAUGCUAGACAUCCACUGAAAUACAGAAUGCUGGUUGGUAUGGUGGACACAAUAUUUGCGGAUGUGGCCCAACCUGAUCAAGCCAGGAUUGUGAGCCUGAACGCGCAGCACUUCCUCAAAAAUGGCGGACACUUCGUUAUCUCAAUUAAGGCAUCGUGUAUAGACUCGACGGCGCAACCGGAAGCGGUGUUCGCGUCGGAAGUAAAGAAACUACAAGCGGACAAGUUAAAACCACAAGAACAGUUAACGUUAGAACCUUACGAGCGAGAUCACGCAGUAGUCGUCGGAGUGUUCAGACCACCGGCCAAGAAAGCAUAGACUUAAUUAUAGAUUAGUUAUUUUUUUUAAUUACAACUGACAGUUCUAAUAGCAGUAUAAUUAUUGCACCUUCGCUCAAAUAGUGUCAGAGAGACAGAGAGAGAGGAUUCAUCGAGAGAGAGAGAGAGAGGAUUUGGAUUCAUCGUGCAAAGAUUAGGAUUCUCCCUGCAAAUUGGGGAAAUCAAAUCAAAAAUCAUAUGAACGUAAAAAUUUUUGUCUUAAUAAUUUUUCCUUACCAUCCAGUUGAGAAUACGAAUUCAAUUGAGAACUGACAAGACACUCAAUUAAAUUUAUUUUUUCUUUAAAAGCCAGUUUAUUUACACUGUACUUGUGGUAGGUGUCUAUGUAUAGCAUUAAAUGAUAAUCCCGUGUUUGAGCAACUAUUGCCAUGAACGUUUGUAAUGUAGUGAUGACAGUAAAUUUGGGAUAAAUAAUUGAAGUUAGGGGGUGGGUGGGAGUUUUGUGAAGCUAAAAGUAUUAUUAAUAAUAUAUAAUAAUGUUUAUCCUGAUUUUUCUGUAUUAUGUAUAUUAUUACUUCUUUGCACUCCAGUAUAGUAACUCAUAGAGGAUACCAAUAACUCCUGAACUAUAUUAGGUACAAGUACAUACCUGUGGUGUAAAGGAAGAAUGGAGUCGUUGCAAUAAAACAAAACAUUUCUUAGCUUAAUAUAUAAAGAAACAUUCUAACUAAUAAUAUUAAAAAAAAAACAUAAAUUUUUAAUCGCGACAGUGGAUUUAAAAUUAGUAUUUUAAUGUCGCAAAUACAACGACAACGGAGUGCAAAGGAUUGUUAUAGUAAAACGGGUUUUAAUACAAAUAAUUUUAUGGUAAAUAAAGGUAUUUACCUCUCGACGAUUCGACUAGGUUGCACUAGACGUGGUCACCCCAGACUUGUAUAUCAUUAGAUACACAUAUUUGAUUUAUUCUUAGUGGAAACAUGCCUUUUCUGAAACUGAUAUAACUUUGACGCUAUUUGAGUGGAGUUGUGUUAUGUAAUUGCGUUGCUAAUCUUCCCAUUUGGCGAUUAUAUAGGUUUGCAAUUAUGUAUAGAUAAUUUGCGAGUUGCAGUUACAUAUUAAGUCAUAUGUUUCGCAACUGAAACGGUUCAUACAUAAUAGUUGUAGAUUGAAAUCUGUUGCAAAUGAGAAUAGUUAGCAACCGCUUUACAUAAUGCGGCACUUGUGAUGUAUUUGUAACAAAAUUGUUUACAAUACAUUGUACAAAACAGGUUAUUGUAACAUUGUUAUUAAAUGUUGCCAUGCUGACGUGUUGAAUCAAUCACAAUUUGAAAAUUGUGUAUUUUUUAUUGUCAUGUUGACAAUCUCGAUUAUCUGUAAGCCUGUUUCACACUGAAAGAUUCCAUUUGUACAAGCGUAUAGUGUGGAACGAGCCUUAAUUAUAAGUAGCACAUAUGAGAUGAAUGUAUGAUAAAUAUGUGAUAAGAGAAAUAUAAAAUGGUGCGAAUGAUA